ACUCACUCGCAUCCUCCAAGAGAGCGAGGUAAGGAGGUGGAGGAGCACUGUGUGAACAAAGUCAGUGAGGCAGCUGAGAUGAGCACAUCAAAGCUGGACUCAGAAGAGAGCGCAGCUGCCCUAACAUGCUUCCCUUGACACUGCACAGCUACCUCUGCGCUCGAAUGAAGGUUUGCAGUCGAAGCUGAGGAUGGCAGGAGAUUCUCGCGUCCACAUGGACCACGACAUGGAAAUAGGAGUGACUCCAAGAGAGCAGGUGAAGAAACUCCCCAAGCACCUGAGGGAAGCACAAAUCCCCACGGAUCGCACCCACCUCAUCUCUGAUCCUGUUAAGAAACCCCGCCAGCGCUACGUACAGAAAGACGGCAAGUGCAAUGUCCAUCACGGAAACGUUCAAGAGACCUAUCGCUAUCUCAGCGACCUCUUCACAACACUGGUUGAUCUACGUUGGCGUCUCAGUUUCUUCAUUUUCACCUUGGUCUACGUGGUCAACUGGCUCUUUUUUGGGGUUUUGUGGUGGCUCAUUGCAUUAAUACGAGGAGAUCUUCUACAUGCUGAUGAGGAGGGCUGGACCCCUUGUGUGGAAAACCUCAACAGUUUUGUCUCUGCGUUCCUCUUUUCCAUAGAAACAGAGACUACCAUUGGCUAUGGCUAUCGUGUCAUCACAGAGAAGUGCCCAGAAGGGAUUAUACUUCUACUGGUGCAGGCCAUCUUGGGCUCCAUUGUAAACGCCAUGAUGGUGGGCUGCAUGUUUGUAAAGAUCUCACAGCCCAAGAACCGAGCAGAGACACUGAUGUUCUCCCACAAGGCCGUGAUCUCAGUGCGGGACAGCAAGAUGUGCCUGAUGUUCAGAGUGGGUGACCUGCGGAAUUCGCACAUCGUGGAAGCGUCAAUCCGUGCUAAACUCAUUCGUUCACAGCAGACGAAGGAGGGUGAAUUUAUACCUCUCAACCAGACGGACAUCAACAUAGGCUUUGACACAGGAGACGAUCGCCUCUUUUUGGUAUCGCCUCUCAUUAUCUCCCAUGAGAUCAAUGAGAAGAGUCCUUUCUGGGAGAUGUCCCGGGCACAGAUGGAGAAGGAAGAGUUUGAGAUUGUCGUCAUCUUGGAGGGCAUGGUCGAAGCUACAGGCAUGACGUGCCAAGCACGCAGCUCCUACUUGGAUUCGGAAGUGCUGUGGGGCUACCGCUUCACCCCGGUGCUUUCUCUGGAAAAGGGCUUCUACGAAGUCGACUACAACAGCUUCCACGACAUAUACGAGACCAACACCCCAACCUAUAGCGCUAAAGAACUGUCCGCUCGAUUAAAAGAGAGUCCACUCCUCCCUCACCUGCCACUCCUCAGCCCCGACCUCAGGCAGCACACAGACCCCUUCUCCACCCAAACCACACGGGACGAGCGGGAGAAGGACGGCGAGAAGCCAGCGGAGGCCAACAACGGAUCUGCCAACCGCUUGGAGGAGAAUCCUUGAGGGACUUUGUAGAGACUGACAAGCUUCUUUCCCCUUGCAUGGAGAGAUAUCCUUGCAAUACCCAUGCAAUACGACCUCGGAUUGCUCUAGAGAGCCGAUCUGAUGCAUAGAUCAAGGUUAGACGCACAAACAGAUGAGAAUCUGUAUAUUUAUACAUCAUUGACACCUACACAUACUCUAUUUUCAAUAGAAUUUCAUGGUAUCAAUCAACUCCCUGUACCUCAAGGACGAAAUAGUAGCCAUAUACUGUCCACAAUGAAUGACUCAGAGGUCAAACCCCUUAAUCUAACCAUAGCAAAUCAGCUUUAAUAGAAUCCCAAUGCAAAAACACAACGCUUGCGUGUUUAGCCACGGCGAAGGCCUGCGAGGUUGGUUUCUUUAAGCUACUCUAUUGUAUGUUUUAUCUGCAUUAUAAUUAUGCAUUAUAAUUAUCAAUUUCCCCCUUAUGUUGAAGUGCAUGUGUUUGAAUUUGAUGCAAGAUGGCCGCUGGAAAAUGUCAGAUUAAAGCACAACCGCUGCAGUGGCAGACACAUGGUAUGAAAACCUGCAGUACACUAAAACAAUGGCAACGAAUGGAAAUAUUGCACAUGCAUUGUCUCUGAAGUUCAAUCUUGGCCGGUCCACACUCCUGGACUCGUAUUUCAUUUCUAUCACAUUUGAUUUGUGUGCAAGUUUGAGGCCACUCGCGUGAGACUGUCAGUCGCAUUUCCUAGCGGUCCGAAGAGCUGUGUUUCAAAGCAUGAACCCUAAGGCGAGUUCUAUACACUUUCUAAACAGGGUAUUUUCUAAGGCAUGCAGACUUCAAAAACACAAAUGCUUUCUACAAAAAUUGUACAAAUAAAUUAUAGUUUAAGGUGAGAGGAGAGCUUCAUUCACAGCAGAGACAACGGUGCAGUAUUUUAAAGACACAUUUUAAAAGGAACUCACCAAUGGCAAGUCAUUUUCAUAGAAUAAUAUUAUAUGCAGGCUAUUUACAUAAAUAAAAUAUACAAAGCAACAUAUAA